AUGCAAAGAGAACGGACCCGUGUUCGCAGUGCCCUGAGUCUCAACGGUUACCCACGCCGUUUUAUACACAAUACCAAGAAUAGAUCGUCGGAACCCAGGGAUCAGAAGGUAUACAAGACUUUUACAGUCUUGCCGUACAUUGAUGGGGUCUCCCAACAACUCAAGCGCCGCCUAGAGAGCCAUGGCAUUCGAACGGUUUUCAGAUCAGAUACCACCCUACGUCAACAACUUACACGCCCCAAGGAUCCAAUUCCUCCACACAGACGGGACGGCAUUGUGUACAACAUCCCUUGUAAAGGAUGUGAUAGAUCCUACAUCGGUGAAACUGCCCGUCCGAUAAAAGAAAGAAUCACUGAGCAUAAGAGGGACGUCAGACUCCGUCGAACUGACAACUCAGCCGUAGCCGAACAUGCUUGGGAUAACCAGCAUCAACCAGACUGGGACGGGGUUCAGUGCCUUUCCCAGGAACGGCAUUGGCUUCUUGGCUGUGGGACAGAGUCAGGCGGUAGACUAAGACAUCACAUCACUGGUCUUAACAAGUCACUCAGGGUGAUUGCCUUGCAUGAUAAUGGUCAACUCCUCGUAGAGAAAUGCCAGCUAUCUACCGAGAUGACUACCAGAUUAUGGUCCUGUCUCAGAUCCUUCACCCCACUGAACCAUCUCAGCAUCUCAGACUCCUCUCUCAGUUUCCCUCCAUCUCCUCCUGAGCUUCCAUCCGUCACAAAGCUAUCAGCCGAGAGAGUGACGUCACAAAGCUAUGAAGGUCUGCUCUCAUCGCUUCCGGGCUUGAGAUAUAUCGGUAUCACUAUCGAUGAUGCAGAGAGAAACAUACCUCAGAUCACGGCUUGUCUUCGUCGGACCGGAGGACAGCAGCUCACACACAUCAAGCUUACAGCACCGUCAUCACUCCUAUCAGAGAAGAAGAGUGUAUCGAGAGAGACGAUGAGAGGAUUGGGUCUUCUGAUCAGUGAACAAACCAAGAACCUGCAGGUGCUUUGGCUGUAUGGAGUGAAGUGCACAGACGAGGAAGACUUGGUUUACCUCAUCGAGUGCUGCAGACAUGUGAAGACGAUGCCAGAGCUGUGGUUACAGUGGUGUGGAACUAGAGAGGGCGGCAAACUGGAAUCUCAUCUCAAAGGUCUUGACAAAUCAUCAUCUGGCAACCUCUCUGUGCAUGUUCAACAUAGAGGGAUUCGUCCAAGAUUACUCUCCACUGAUUUCACUUGGUCAUUGUUUAUGGUUUGAUUGACGAGAUGGCUUCACUCACGGGUCAGAUCUUCGUAGAUGAACACUUUCAUGCCUUUCAGUUCUUUCCUUGACGAAUAUAUGCCAUGCCGUACGUUAUACCUUGCGAACUUCACAAUAAUCGUCACCUUUAAGAUUUGAGACAUUAUACCCAAUGGGUCACAUGGAAUGCAUGCAGCUAAAUGUACUUGUUGUAAAAAUGUACAUACACUGUCGCUCAUAAAGUUGGAAUAAUUUUGUUUUAUCCCAAUUCAUGAAAUUAUUUUAAA